UAUUUAGUUGUUUCAGAUAAACGGUUAUAACUGAAGAUGCUAUAUGACCACAACAAUGGGCCGCCGCGUGGCCAUCUCUCCCUCCACGCCUAGGUCGCGAGCGAUGGAUAAAUACGAACAGUUGUCUGUGGUCGGUGAAGGCUCAUAUGGCGUGGUACUGAAAUGCCGCCGCCGCGACACUGGCCAACUGGUGGCCAUCAAGAAGUUUCUAGAAACGGAGGACGAUGCCGCCGUGCGCAAGAUGGCGCUCAGGGAGAUAAGGAUGUUGAAGAAGCUCCGCCAUGAUCACCUAGUGAACAUGAUCGAGGUGUUUCGGCGAAAGCGCAGGUUCUACCUCGUCUUCGAGUAUCUCGACCAUACACUCCUGGAUGAGCUGGAAGCGUCUCCGGGAGGCCUUGGCGAAGAUACCGCUAAGAAGCAUCUGUAUCAACUUUUAAAGGGAGUCGAUUAUUGCCACCAAAAUUCGAUAAUUCAUCGAGACGUGAAGCCGGAGAACGUGCUCGUCUCCAACAACGGUAUCGUCAAGUUGUGCGACCUUGGGUUCGCGCGAGCGCUCGCCGCGCCCGGUGAACCUUACACGGAGUACGUGGCCACCAGGUGGUACAGGGCCCCGGAACUGCUGGUCGCUGAGCAUAGAUAUGGUCCAGAAGUGGACAUCUGGGCGAUCGGCUGUUUAUUUGCGGAGAUGUUGACGGGGGACCCGCUGUUUCCUGGAGACUCUGAUAUAGACCAACUUGCCCUUAUAAUAAAAACUGUGGGUAAGCUAGCGCCGCGGCACCAGCAGGUUGUGUCGCGGCUGUCCGGCGGCGCGGCGCUGUGCGCGGGCGGCGCGGGCGCGGCGCGCGCGGCGCUGCCGGCCGCGGGGCUCGCGCGCGACCUGCUCGCCGCCGCGCUGCGCACCGAGCCGCGCGCCCGCCCCGCCGCCGCCGCGCUGCUCAGGCACAAAUAUUUCGUUACCGAUGGUUUUGCGGAGAGUUUUAACGCUGAAUUGAGGAAGAAACUUGGCAAAGAGUCUGAGACACCUCCACCCCAAGGCGCAGCACGUGUGACCGGUAAGCCAAGACAACAAUGGACAUUGAAUAUAAUAUCUGACAACAGUAGAUCUCGAACGGACAGCACCACGGGCGAGUCGUUGAUCGACUAUAAUUAUACCCCGAGUACAGAAGUUCAAAUGGAAACUAGUGUUGUUGAGAAAAAAUCGCAACCGACAGCCGCUGUACCACCGCCUGCUGAUGAUGAGGUGGGUUGUUGGUGCCCGGGUGCGGGCGGGGCGGGGGCCGGGGCGGCGGGGGCGGCGGGUCGGGCGCCUCGCUCGCUGCCGCGCGCGCUCAACGACACCUUCCACACGUUCGGGGUGCCGCUCAACGCGUAUCCUAAGACGCCGUACAUCAAAAAGGUGAACAGUAAAUUGGUGAUGGAUGAAGAGUUACUGCGUGGUCGGUCGCUCGCAAAGAAGAGUACGAAGAAAUCACCGCCGGACAUAUCGCUGCCCUAUGUGCCUGGAGCUAGCAAUAGUCCCAUGAAGAAGGCAAAGAAGCCCCAACCACUGCAGCAGCACUCCUCCAGAGCACACGAUGCAUGGGACAGUAAUCGCAACAGUGUAGACUUGACCUCUAGCCAGCGCACCCCAACCAACCUGCCCUACAUGUGACUACAGGGGACGAGGGCAGUUUUCCAAAAGCCCUUUACUAUAGUGCAGGGCUUUCAGAAAAAUGCCAGACAUUAUUAUUAUUAUUGAUUCUAUCGAAAACACCACUGUCUUGAGAAUUUGUAUUCGUAAAAUACUAUGUACAUAUUUUCGUAAUGUUGAAUUAAAAAUUCACUGCAAUAGAUAUGAUUUUAUCCACAUAAUGACGUUAAGUAUGUGUAUCUUUAGAAGAUGAAGAAAAAAAUUGUUAAUUUAUAAGACAGUGAUAAGACUGGUCGCUCAUAAAAAUAUGUUGUUUAGCAGUGCAUUAAAUAAAAAAGUUAGAAAAAAAGAGUUUGUAUUAUCUUUUUUG